AUGUUGGUAGAAGGAAAACGUAGUGGGGUGACUAAAAAGUGCACCAGCAAAAGUAACAUGUGCAAUGAAGGUGAACAUAUAAGUAUUAGUCCAAAGACCGUAUCCUUCAACGAAACAAAAAACAAAGUACAUAUCAUGUAUGCAUGGCAAUAUGCAUAUAGAGAAGCUCGAAGAAGUAACGGGGAGAUGGCAGAUAGAUGUAGGUUUCAAAGGCGAGUGCAACUAGUCGAAGAAGUGUUAAAAAAUACUUGA